UGCCCUAACUCGCCUCUAGGGAGGCCCUGGAGCAGCACUCGCCGACACACCCCAACCUUAACGUUAGGGUAGACUUGAGGUAGUGGUUUUGUUUCCAACAUGGCGGCGACCAUAGAUGACAGCAAUGCAGUGCAAGCAACCAAGAAAAAGCACCUCGGCAUCCCUGAAGCAAUCUUUGUGGAGGACGUGGAGUCGUUUAUGAAGCUGCCGGAAAACGAGUCUGCAGACGCAGUGCUGAGGAAACUAGACGAGCAGUACCAGAAAUACAAGUACAUGGAAGUAAACCUGGCGCAGAAGAAACUCCGGCUGAAGAGCCAAAUCCCUCAGAUCAAGCAGACUCUAGAGAUCCUACGGCACAUGCAGAAGAAGAAGGAGACGACGGAACCCAUGCAGACCCAUUUCCUAUUGGCUGAUAACGUUUACUGCAAGGCAUCUGUCCCGCCCACCGAUAAAGUCUGCCUGUGGCUAGGGGCUAACGUCAUGCUGGAGUACGACAUCGACGAGGCCCAGGCCCUGCUCGAGAAGAACCUGUCCACGGCGUCUCGCAACCUGGACUCCCUGGAGGACGACCUGGACUUCCUGCGCGACCAGUUCACCACCACCGAAGUCAACAUGGCGCGCGUCUACAACUGGGACGUGAAGAGGAGGAGCAAAGAGAACCAGCGCAAGGCAGUGGAGUCCUAAUCACGAGCCCCUCCCCCUCCCCCCCAUCGCCCGCUCCUUGGCGCAAACAGAAUGCUCCUUUAUGUAUGUACCCGGCGGGUUGGGCCCGCAUGAAAGGCACGCUCGAAACCGUCAUCCCAGCCCUAAGGCCCCCCCGAGGUGUGUUUGACCUGAGCCCAGUGGUCGGCCAAUCAGAAACGUCCGCCCACGUGUUCUCGCGUUGCGUCUCAAACGUGCCCUCCAUCCGGACCCUUCUCUGGCUCCCCCCCCCACUGUCAGCGUGUUUCUGUUAAUUUGUUACUUUUUAAAAGUAUUUUUUCAAGUAAAAAAACUUAACGAAAACAAAAGCACCGGUGCCGUUUUUUUUGUAUUGAUUUCCUCAUUAUUUAUCUUUCGGUAUCCAUUUGAUCCGUCGUCUGGUUUACAGGGGGUACGGAGGAUGUUGAGACGGAAAUGGAUAUGCUCUGUCGGUCAGCGUAAUUUCAAGCCACAGCCAAUAAGGUCGUCCCUCUUUUUUUUCCUUAACAUCUUACUAGAAUCCUAGACAAGCUUGGAACACUUGGCAGCACGUAGCAGGUUACCAUGGCUACGGGAACCGGUAUGUGAUGUAACCAAACCGGGCUGUUCCUCACCGGCUUUGCCUCUUUGCAUACCGCUCGUUAAGGAUUUGUUCCCAUUUUUGUAGCCGUCUUAAACACUGUGUGUGUGUGCGUGCGUGCGCGCCUGGCUCCUAUGUUUUAGCCCACCUCUCCGUUGGUCUCCUCCAUGCCUCCCUCCCUCCGUCCGUCCUCCUUCUCCUCUGCUACUGCGACCGCUGUUGUCUCUGUAUUUAUUUGCCUGCUACUGUACGCAUUUCAAAGUAAACAAAGACCACGUUGUCUAAGGAAAGAGAUCGACACUCCA